AUGUCGGCUGCGGCUGCGGCUCAGGCUCAGGCUCAGGCUCAGGCCCAGGAAGGAGGAGACGGGAAAGAUCGAGGUCCGAAUCUUACAACGGGCAAGAAUGACCGUUGGCAACCAACAAGAAUACGAGGACGACCACGACAACGACUCUUCCGCUGUUGGAUCAAGGCCAGCUUAACGCUGAUCAUGACGACGACUACCGCCUCUCUGCUCAUUAACUUCAUAAUUCAAAGCGCACCGUCGGCGUAUGCUCACACCUUGGACGGCGACAACGAGUACGAGGAACCAGAUCUCGAGCGAGAAAGCAGAAGUGCGCUUCAACAAGAACAGCAUUCAAUACACUGUCUAUCCGCUCACUCGAGACACGCACACGCAUCGCGACAAUCAUUAUCAGUGCCUCUCUUAGGCCCAAUACUUCAAGAAUGCCAUCCCAUUGUCGCCGAGAUGGACGAACCAACCGGAUCGGUCUGCGCCGAACUCGUGCCAGAUUCACUGGACCAGCCAGCGCUGCGUUUGACCUUUCUAUCGCUUCAGUCUUCAGUGGCUCGCACGUGGACGUUUGUGGAGCAUCAUGUUUGGGUCGGAAACUCCAUGCUGGAUGUACCUCGGAUACAAACUACAGGACACAUCAACACAAACCAGUUUGACACGUCAUGGAGUAACCAUACACAGGGAUCCAAACAAUGGGAGACACAAAUACCAAUAGACUGCCAAAACAAGAAGGAACAUACCUUCUUUGUUGUCACGCAGUCGUUGGCAGCGUCCGAAUCAUUGCACCCGCAAACCCCCGCAGAAGAAACCAGUCAUAAUCAGGCUACCGGUAUUCAAGAGGAACUAGCAUGCUUUGCCAUGGAAUAUGACGGACAAGGAGCUGGAGGAUGGUAUGGUUGGAUGGAAAUAUCAGUUGAUUGUCGGUGCGUCGUGCCGCCGACGAUCGCAGAACAAAACGACCAACUACCAACAGCACCAGAACAGAACUACAGCAACAGCAGCAGCAACGGCAACAGCAACACCUCCUCGUCGUCUUCAUCUCCGAACAGUCGCAAAAACACACCGGCAAAGCUUCCAAAGGACUUUUACCCUUAUGGCAAGGCAUGCCAAGGCCCCGACAUGUUUCGACUACUUGAUAGCCCGCUAGGCGGUCAUCACUGCUGGGAUAUUCUAGACACUACCUUGCAAUCACCCAUCAGUCGCGUUUGCGUCGACAUCACCAGCCAGGACAUGGAAGAGACCGAGCUGGCAUUCACCUUUAGCCCUUUGGACCACAUGGAACUCGUCCAAACCAGUGUUUGGGCAGGCUUUCAUGCCGGUGACUCCAUCCACUCCGUACCACGACGGCCAGAGGAUAGCCGACAAGUUCAGCUGGAAGCGUUUGAUCAAUACUUUGCGGAUCCAAAUGGCUUGCCAGAUAUUGUCUUUGAGUUCCAUUUGCCAACAGACCUCUGUUCUAGCGAACAUCCCAAGUUCAAAGACAUGAACAUGUCACCCGAAGACGGAAUCGUCUCCAUUCCGAUCGUUGCGCAUGCCAGGGCCGACAUGGUAUCGUCGACAACAUUGGCCAGACACUCCCUCGGGGGCUACGCGUACGAGUACAGAUACGUCAGUGACGAUGUAGAGUUUGGUUGGAUGGAGCUCAACCUUCAGUGCGGAUGUUCACGUCCUCACGAGAGCAAAGUUAUGCGGCGAGGCAACCUCCCUCCCUCCUCUAUUGACAAACAAGUCGCCGAGGAUGAGGAUGAGGUGGAUGAAUCUUACCCGCCUCCACCUCCGCCGCCACAAAAGAUUUGUCGAACGGCCAUGGCUUUUGCGUCGGCCAAGCCAGACUUGGCACGACCGCUGGAGAAUUUUGGAUACGAUCUUUGGGGUUACACCAAUGGGCCAUUUGCGUCGUCUUACUCCUUUAUUGUCCUGGAUCUUUUGGCGACAGUAGACGGCGAAAUUGCUGUAGAAGAAGGUGAACCACAACAAGUCGGCACCGUCAAGGUAUUUUUUGAUGGAGAGGAUGCCGACGUGACCUUCACGCUUGACGACUCCUUUCCUCUGCAGAGUACACUGCUGUACGUGGGGAAGGAUCCUCUUCCAGUGCACAAUCGCAACGCAGACAAGAGCCAAGUGUCCUCGGCGUCGGCCUUCUUGGACUUUCCCUACCAACACGGUGAAGACAAGUUUGUGGAUGCCCCCUACACCGACAGCUACACGGUGGAAGGCUUUGACUAUGGAGAUACCAUCUAUGUCAUGGCGCUGGCCAAGGAUUGCACUGAUGUUUUUGCAUCAGACGAUCGCGACAGUGGGAACUACACUGCAAGCUUCCUUCCUGGUCAGGCCUGCCUUCGUGCUGAGUCUGAAUGCUUCCCAUUAACAGCACACGAUACUGCUGAUACCGUUGUGGGACAAGCAUGCUUCAGUUUGGACAAGGCUCAAGAGCAUCUGAAUGUAAGGUACUCACUCGACGAUGGCUGGGCGUUGGCCGAGGCCCAGGUUUGGGUUGGCUCGGCCUUGCAGAGCAUGCCAAUGAGACGAGACAAGUCACCCGAUCUCAGAAGCUUUGAGUAUCAAAGGAUGUGGUACAAGAAGACCCAAACAUGGUUCACACAGGUUCCCUUGGAGCGCAAGGAACGAUGUGCCGGCUCUAAACAUGGAGACUUUGACUUGGUUGUGGUGGCCCAUGCACUCGUGGGCUCACCAUGCGGCCCAGAUGACAAGUGUGGCAAUUCCCCUGUGAAACAAGGAUCCGAACAGCAUGUCUACGCGGAGGAGACCCUGCUGCAGAAGAAGGAUAAAUGGUUCUACUACGUUGACAUGCGCCUUGACUGCAAGUGCGACGAGGACGAAGCUAUUGGAUUCGAAACCCUCGACGAUCCUACUUCUGCACCAACUGCAGCCCCCACAUCAAGCCCAACGCUUCGGCCUACUGUCAGUGCCGCUCCGAGUGACUCUCCUUCGGACGUCUCAAUGACACCAAAGACAAGCCCUAGUCCUACUCAGGCCCCUACUAUUUUGGUAGAUAUGAAGAACACUUGUAUGUACACGGAAGAUGGUAGCGGAGAGUACUGCCUGGCGUUGCAUGCCCCGCAUGCUUGGGAAACCACUGCCGGUAGCGUGUGCUUGACCCUGGUAGAAGGUGAACUCGUUGUCAUGUACGAUGUUGUCGGUUACUGGUCGUUGGCCGAAGCAAGCAUCUGGGUUGGUAGCGACCUCUUUGACGUUCCGGUGAACAACGAUCAGGAACCGGACACAGAAUCCUUCCCCUUCCGACGUCGCUGGCCCCAAGGUUCCGAUACGUUCACCGAUGUGAUUCCCUUGGAUGAAAUGACACAAGCCAAAUGCCAAUCUCAAGGGGCCUACAACCUUUAUGUCGUCGCACACGGACUUGUGGCGGAACCGGCUGUAUCUCCCACGCCGAAACAACCAUUUGUGCCCUACUCCGAGGAAGAUGCAUUUGCCAAAGCCUAUCCGUUCUCUGACUCUGCCAAUGCUUACUAUGUUCUUGCGAGUGUCAUCUGUGACUGUGCAGCAUACAAGGUCAAGGACGACGGUGACGGCGACGGCGAGAAGAGGCGAUCCCUCGAAGAGUUGAAAGACAUAAUCCAUGCUCCAACCACGUUUGAAGUAUCCCCGAUGCACAGCGCUCCAGGCUACGUGAACACCCCCUCCAAGAGCCCUGCCAUGGUGGUAGAUGAUGCACUACCAGCGGGUGGUGAAAUGGAAACGAAUAAGCCAAAUCUCACUUCCAGGGAUAAUACUACACCGCCCCAAAAGGAUUCGCCACUUGAGACUCAACUCCUUCCUGCUUCUACUUCCAUCUCUCCCUCUGUAAUUGAGCAAGAAGACGAGAAUCCAAUGCUCCAGUGCCGGGAUGCAUGGGCGUUGGAUGAAACUCUGGACGCGGUCUGCUUUCCACGCAUCCAUCGGAACUAUACCUAUGGCUGGAGCAAUGGGCCACUGCGCCUGACCGGGGGGAUCCUCAUUCUAGAUUUGUACCUCGAUACGCUGGGCGAUUGCAGUCGACGCGGCGAAAAUGUGGGAACCGUAUGGGUCUCGUGGGACAACGAGACUAGUGAGAUUUCAGUCGACUUCAAGGUUGACAACGACAGCUACUACGCGACGCAGACUCAUCUUUACAUGGGACCCGACCCCUUGUAUUGGGAGAAGGAUGUUUCAGCCGAGCCAGUUUUGGAUCCCAAGAAAUUCCCUCUCCAGCAUGGCAACUUGACAUCAAGCUUAGAAGAUACACAUAUCAUCCGCGUCGCGUCGAUUCAAGAUAGAGCCUCAGCACAGCAGCCCUCUCUGGAAGAUAUGAAAUUCCUGAGUGCUCAUGUGACUGUCUGUACUACGGAGGUCGAGGACGCGGGGACAUCUCAAGAGGAAGGGAGCCCCACGCCACUAGAAACCACUGUAAGCAGCAGCGUAGAGACAGCCUCUGCCUAA